AUGUCUUCAUUUGAUAAGUCCUCCCAAGCGGAAACGGGUGAUGCUACACGCCACUCUGAUGUUGCCGAAUCGGAUGCGAAACACUUAGAAUCAUCUCACCAUGUGGACGAUAUACGAACUGAGAAGGCCCUGGAUGCUUUAUCAAACAUUAAUGACAUGGCAACGACAGUUGACAACAUCCCAGUCAGUUGGUAUGUGUGGUUGGUGGCCAUGACGGCCUCUAUGGCAGGUUUGCUGUUUGGAUAUGACACUGGUGUCAUUUCAGGAGCGACGGCAUAUAUGGGCAGUUCUUUGAACAACAGGCCCAUUACCAGUAACGAGAAAGAGCUCAUUACAUCUCUUUGCUCAGGGGGCGCCUUCUUCGGCGCUAUCUUUGCAGGAAACACGGCAGACAGGGUAUGUCAACCUAUUUCUCUUCUAGCAUCUCUUUCUUCAAUUCGCUGGAACAAGCUAACGUAUUCAAUCAUUAUCAAGUUUGGCCGCAAAAUGGCAAUCUAUACCGGUUGUGCUCUUUUUAUUAUCGGCGCUGUCCUUCAAGGUGCAGCAUAUACAAUCGCUCAAAUGUCAGUUGGACGUAUUAUUAUCGGGUUCGGCGUCGGAUCAGCAGCCAUGGUCUUACCAUUAUACGUUGCGGAGAUUGCACCCGCUAAGGCUCGAGGAAAGCUUAUCGGGUUGAACAAUAUGUCUAUUACGGGUGGUCAGGUCAUCUCCUAUGCGAUCGGCGCGGCCUUUGCAAAUGUAUCCAACGGGUGGCGAUACAUGGUAGGACUGGGUGCUGUUCCUGCUAUCAUCCUUGCUGUGCUGCUACCAUUCUGCCCUGAGUCACCACGUCAUCUGGUAUACCAGGGACGCGAUGAAGAAGCCAGAGUAGUCUUGAAAAAGAUCUACAAGGGUGCCAACGAUUUGCAAAUUGAUGCUGUUCAUCUCUCAAUUCGAGUCGCUUGUGACCAAGCACACGAAAUCAACGAAAGCGCCUCUGCCUUUGGCAAGGUCAAACAACUCCACUGCGUCCCGAGUAACUUGCGUGCAUUGAUCAGCGCGUGCGGUCUGAUGGUGUUUUCUCAGAUGACAGGUUUCAACGGUCUGAUGUACUACAGCGGAACAAUCUUUGGAUCUAUUGGAUUCAGCAACCCAAUGGCCGUAGGCCUUGUGGUGGCCGGUACCAACUUUAUUAUGACAUUCGUGAACAUGAUGGUCGUGGAUAACUGGGGCCGUCGCAAACUUCUUCUCGCUACAUCCUGGGGUAUGUGUGCUGGUAUGCUGGCGAUAGCAGUCGCAUUCCACUGGGUCCCCUUCGAUCUAGCCUCUGGAACGCUCACAUCUACUGGUGGCACUCCACCAGCUGCUAUUGCCAUUAUUGUCUUCAUUAUUUGGUUUGUUGCCUUCUAUGGUGCCUCUGUUGGCAACACUGCAUGGAUGAGUACCGAUUUCUUUCCCUUGGAGGUGCGUGCUAUGGGAACUAUGUGGCUCACAUGUUCCAACUGGGGUAGCAAUGUCAUUAUUUCCAGUUGUUUUCUUUCUAUGAUUGAGGGGAUGACGCCGUCUGGUGCCUUUGGCUUCUUUGCUGGUAUUUGUGGGGUCGGCUGGGUUUGGCUCUAUUUCUUCUAUCCUGAGGUAUCUGGACUUGUGCUGGAGGAAAUCACGGAGGUAUUUGAACAUGGAUUUGGAGUGAAAUACGCGAGGAAUUUGCGACGGGAGCGCAAGGAGCUCAUUGAAGAACGCAUGAAGUCCCAGGAUAAGCCCCUUGCUAUGGGUCAUUAG